GAACAGUUGCCUGGGUAAUCUGUAGGUGAGCAGUUUUUUGCAAGUGGUGUCUGCUGAGACUGUGCCCGCCUGCUUCGGCAACAUGCGCCACCACCACCACCAGUAACAUGCACCACAUUUCCUCCUACCACAACAGCAUAAAAUAAAAGUGUCGCCGUUUGUUUCAUUUUGCUCACACCUCCGCCUUGCCUUUCGUGCCCGUCAUUCGUCUCAUUCCCUCGAGUCCACGACCCCGGCACUGUCAACCACUUCCCACUAACCACCACCAUCAAGAACACAAAACAACAGCGUCCGUCCGUCAAACCAACGUGAACUCCGACCCGACACGCCCCCCUUUCUACCAACCCAUCGCCCAACUGAGAUCUCGAUCGAGUACGAGUAGAAAUGGUUCGGAUUUUGGAUCUUCGUAUCUUGUCUUGGCGCGCCGCUCAUGGCCGCCCGUAUCUCCCCACGAUAGCCGCUGCCGCUACGCCAAUGGCAAUGGCUAAACGAAAGCGACGCCGCUACUAGUUUUCGCUUAAAGAAACAGUGGCCAGAGAGGGAGAUCGUAGUCGUAGACGAUUCCUCUUCCCCUUCCCCUGCCACUCUGCCACCCCUGCUCCCUGCCUGCUCAUGCGCUUGUUCCCUCCCGCCUUUACCACCAGUAGUACCUCGCCGAGCCAGUCAGGUCAGCUCAGCUAGCCAGUGACCGGCCAUGAGUGUGCGGGGCGACCCGGCGGCGGCUGCUCCCGGGGAUGAGACGGCGGAGAAGCUGCUGGCGCGCGUGAGGGGCAUGGUGCCGGCGGCGGUCGGCGCGGCGACGGCCGCGGAGGGGUUCCCCGGCCGGUGGAAGGCGAUCGCGGCCAAGCUGGGCGCGCUCCCCGCGCGCCUGUCCGACCUGUCCAGCCACCCCUGCUUCGCCCGGAACGCGCUCUGCCGCGAGCUGCUGCACUCCGUGGCCGCCACGCUCGCCGACGCGGCCGAGCUCGCCGCGCGGUGCCGCGGCCCGCCCAGGGACGGGAAGCUGCAGACGCAGAGCGCCAUCGACGCGCUCGGCGCCCGGCUCGACGUCAACCUCCGCGACUGCGCGCUACUCGUCCGGACCGGCGUGCUCUCCGACUCCGACGCGUCCGCCGUCGCCGCCCCGGCGACGGCGCAGGCGGACGUGCGGGAGCUGCUCGCGCGGCUGCAGAUCGGGCACGCCGAGGCCAAGACCCGGGCGGUGGACGGGCUCCUCGACGCGCUCAACCGGGACGAGAAGAGCGUGGUGUCGGUGCUCGGCCGCGCCAACUUGUCCGCGCUGGUGCAGCUGCUCACGGCGCCGGCGCCCAAGGCGCGGGAGAAGGCCGCCAUGGUGAUAUGCCGGCUCGCGGAGUCGGGAGGUGGCGCCUGCGAGGGGCUGCUCGUGUCGGAGGGCGCGCUGCCGCCGCUCAUCCGGCUGGCCGAGUCCGGCAGCAGCCUCGUCGGCCGCGAGAAGGCCGUGCUCACGCUGCAGCGCCUCUCCGCGUCCCCCGACGUCGCGCGCGCCAUCGCCGGCCACGGCGGCGUGCGCCCGCUCCUCGAGAUCUGCCAGACGGGGGACUCCGUGUCCCAGUCCGCGGCGGCCGGCGCGCUCAAGAACCUCUCCGCGGCGCCCGAGGCGCGGCAAGCGCUGGCCGACGAAGGCAUUGUCCGCGUCAUGGUCAACCUGCUGGACUACGGCACCGUGCUGGGCUCCAAGGAGCACGCCGCCGACUGCCUGCAGAACCUCACAUCGGGCGGCGACAGCUUCCGGCGCGCCGUCGCGCACGACGGCGGGCUGCGCAGCCUGCUCCUCUACCUGGACGCGCCGUCGCCGCAGGAGUCCGCGGUGCGCGCGCUCGGGAACAUGGUGGACGCCAUCUCGCCCGACACCAUCGUGUCCCUUGGCGUGCUCCCGCGGCUGGCGCACGCGCUCAGAGCCGGGUCACCCGGCGCGCAGCAGGCUGCAGCAACGGCCAUAUGCAGGAUCUCCGCCAGCGGCAGCAGGGACAUGAAGCGGCUGGUGGGCGAGCACGGCUGCAUCCCGCUGCUGGUGCGGAUGCUGGACGCCAAGUCGGCCGGCGCGCGCGAGGCGGCGGCGCAGGCGGCGGCGAGCCUGGCGGCGGGGCACCCGGGCAACGCGCGGGAGGUGCGGAGGGACGAGAGGAGCGUGCCGAGCCUGGUGCAGCUGCUGGAGCCGAGCCCGGCGAACACGGCGAAGAAGUACGCCAUCGCGUGCCUGGCGACGCUGUCGCCGGCGAAGCGGUGCAAGAAGCUGAUGGUCUCGCACGGCGCCAUCGGGUACCUGAAGAAGCUGUCGGACAUGGAGGUCGCCGGCGCCCGGGACCUGCUGGAGCGGCUGCAGGAGCGCGGCAAGCUCCGGAGCAUCUUCGGCAGCAAGAACCAGUGAAAAGUAAUUAAGUUGUCUCGUUUUGCUGUAUAGAAAUCGCGAUGUUAGGUGAAUAUAUUCGUUGUAAUACUAUAUGUUUUGUGAUGGCCUGAUGCUGGGUAUGUUGGGCAGUUCAGGAGCUUCUAAUAACCUCGUACACUUUACAGUGCAGCAAGUUAUUAAGUUAAAUAAAUAAAGAUGGUAUAUAUUCCUGCAA